AGGAAUUAGGAAAGGCGGGAAGAAUGUGACAGACAGGAAGCAAAAGGAGAAGGUGGGUGGAAAAGAAAAAGACAGAGCAUAGAUUUAUUUGUUUGUUUUGGGUACUGACUCUGAGUAUGUAAAUGGCUUCCUCUCUAUCAUAAACCAAUUAUCUCUAUUCUCUUCCCUUCUUUUCUUUGAACCACCAACACCAUGCCUCAACCACAUUCUCCCUCUUUCCUCCUCUGUCAACAACACUACUCUUUCUCUUUCCAACAACAUUCUCAAACUCUCACCCCACCUUCACCUUUCACUUUUCCCGACAACCACCAACACGACCACCUUCUCUCUCUACUCUCCAAACAGCGCGCCACGCAUUCCUCUUUCUCCCCUCGCCACGACGUCGUUCGUUGGAUUUCCACAGUCUCCGACUUCCACGCCUUCGCUCCUCUCACCACCGUUCUCGCCGUUAACUACUUCGACAGGUUCGUCACCACCCUAAGGUUUCAGAGCGAACAAAAACCAUGGAUGACUCACCUGGCAGCACUUGCUUGCGUCUCUCUCGCCGCCAAAGUGGAGGAGACACGAGUGCCACUUCUUUUUGACUUCCAAGUGGGGGAAUCGAAAUUCUUGUUUGAAGCAAAGACUAUACAGAAAAUGGAGCUCCUAGUGUUGUCCACUCUCGAAUGGAAAAUGAACCCUGUCACCCCAAUUUCUUUCUUCCAACACUUCCUCGCUAGGCUUGGUUUAAAGCGCCACUUGCAUUCGGAGUUUCUGUGUAGGUGCCAACGUCUUCUUCUCUCUGUCAUUGCGGAUUCAAGGGUUAUGAGUUAUCUUCCUUCUACACUGGCUGCUGCUAUAACGAUCCACAUUAUUAAAGAGAUUGAACCAUUGAAUGCUACGGAGUACCAAAAUCAGCUUCCUGGUUUACUUAAAACUAGUGAGGAACAAGUGAAUGAGUGCUACAAACUGAUGCUGGGACUUUACGUUUCCAGCAACGGCAUUCACAAUUUGAGGCGCAAGCGUUUGUCCGAACCUAGUAGUAGCCCAGAUGGGGUCAUUGAUGCAUCUUUCAGUUGUGACAGUUCAAAUGAUUCAUGGACUGUUGCAUCACCUUCAGUUGAGCCAGUGUUUAAGAGGAGAAAACCUCAGGACCAGCAGAUGCGGUUGCCUUCAGUGAAUCGAGUGGUUAUUGAUGUUCUAAAUACUCCUCGUUAAUAACAUAUCUUAGUGUUCCUUAAAGAACAAAACUUAUAUGCAGUUUCUUAUUGCUGAUUUUCAAUCAGAAUUGAAGUUUCACCUAGGUAGUCUCCUACCAGUGUAACCUCUAAAUUUGAUUGAACAACAACACCUACAGUAUCUAAGGAACUGCAUUUAAGUUUUGUCCAUCCUUAAAACAUGGUAGGUUUAUUUGGAACCGCAUGAAGAUAUCCGGGAGUUAUGUUAUGGAGGUGAACUGCAUUAUGUUCUUAGUUUUAAGGUAGCUGGGUGAACAUUUGAAAAUGAACGAGGCAGAGAGACUCCAUUCCUUCACUUUGUUGUUUAAGUGGAACAAGGAUCUGAUACCGAGUAGAAACAUGAAUGUAGUUUUACCUGUGUUAAGUGUCCAGUGCAAGUUCUGUUUCACGCCAAUAAGCACAGUCAAGAGAUUUCCUUUGUUUCUUUGUUAUCUUCCAAUCUCCCCCUGUUAGUACAGAACAGGAACUACACAUGGAGGUUAACAGAUAAACAAAGAUGGGCGUAAUGUCUUUACUCUUUAGUGAUGCAUUAGAUAAAUAAAUGAAACUCUUGUAAGUGGUCAAACUAGACCCGAUAUCAAGUCUUAUUUGUAUUCCUCCGGGAGAUACUCAUGGUUUCUACAAUGAAUACGUAUGGGGAACCCUAUUUUCCCUAUAGCAUACCAAAUUUACCAAUC